UUAUUUUUUUUUUUUGGCACAUGCAGUCAAAAGGUAGGCUGUACAACAGAUGCAGCCGGAGUUUUAGUCGAACCAGAAUAGCGAGCCACAGUGUGGCGUCAUAACCAGCGCUCUCUCUAUCUCUCUGUAGCUUUUUAUAUGUAUAUUGAUUUCUGUGAAAUUGUAUCUGAAAGUAUUUUAUUGUAUACACGUGUGUAUUGAAGCCCAUUGAAUCAUGGAGAACGGUUCCGCCCGCGCCACUAUGACCGAGUUCUGGCAGGAGCACUCUGAGCAGGCCACGGUGGAGGAGAUGAUGCUCGACUCCAACGCCAGGAUCAUCUCCAGAGAGGAGGUGCCGGAGAUCCUCGCCACCCUGCCUGCACUGGGGGGGCUCCGAGUGCUGGAGCUGGGGGCUGGCAUCGGGCGCUACACUCAGCACCUGGUGAAGGUGGCCAGUCAGGUGACAGCAGUGGAUUUCAUGCAGAAAUUCCUGGACAAGAACAAAGAGGACAACGGUCACCAUGGAAACGCGGAGUUCAUCCAAGCAGACGCCACGCAGCUGGACUUCCCCGAGAACAGCUUCGACCUGGUCUUCUCAAACUGGCUCUUCAUGUACCUGAGCGACACGGAGCUGCUCUCGCUCGCUGGCCGCAUGCUGGACUGGCUGAGUCCCGGAGGGUACCUCUUCUUCAGGGAGUCCUGCUUUCACCAGUCAGGAGACAACAACAGGAGCUUCAACCCCACCCUGUACCGCAGCCCCUCCCAGUACAACCACCUCCUGACCUCCGUGGUGCGAGACGACCCUGCCAGCGGAGCCUCCCAGGGCAGCGGGUUCGAGAUCGUCAUGAACAAGUCUGUGCAGACCUACAUCAAGAUGAAGAAGAAUCAGAACCAGUUGUGCUGGCUGCUGCAGAAGGUGAGACGGAACUGCUCGGCUAACCAGGGCUUCGCUACGUUCCAGCAGUUCCUGGACAGCCAGCAAUACUCGCGCCGCGGAAUCCUGCGCUACGAGAAGAUCUUCGGCCGCGGCUUCAUCAGCACGGGGGGAGCACGGACCACCGAGGAGUUUGUGGACAUGCUGGCGUUGCUUCCUGGACAGAGAGUGCUGGACGUGGGCUGUGGGAUUGGAGGAGGAGACUUUUACAUGGCCAGGAAAUUUGGUGCGUCGGUCCUGGGCAUAGAUCUCUCCUCCAACAUGGUGGAGAUUGCCAUGGAGAGAAGCGUUGAGGAGAACCUGCCUUCGGUACAGUUUGAAGUUGGAGACGCCACAAGGAGGCUCUUCCCAGAAUGCUCUUUCGACGUGGUUUAUAGCCGAGACACCAUCCUGCACAUCGCUGACAAGCUGGCUCUGUUCAAGCAAUUUUAUUCGUGGUUGAAGCCCGGAGGGAAGCUGCUGAUCAGUGAUUACUGCUGCGGAGAGAAGCCCUGGACUCCUGCCUUCCAGGACUAUGUGAAGCAGAGGGGCUACAUCCUCUACACUCCCCCCCAGUACGGCAGGUUCCUGGAGGAGGCGGGGUUUGGGCGUGUCCGGGCGGAGGAUAGGACCGCCCAGUUUGUCGAGGUCAUCAAGGAGGAGCUGCGGAGAGCAGAGACACUGCGAGAGGAGUUCAUUCAGGAGUUCUCUGAAGAGGAUUACAGCUACAUUGUGCAGGGCUGGAGGGAGAAGCUGCAACGCUGUGAGCAGGGGGACCAGAGAUGGGGGCUGUUCUACGCUGAGCGACUCCGAGACUGAAAAAUACAAACAAUGUUAGGGGGCUUGGAGAUGCAUUCGAUCAAAAACCACAGCACCACUGCACGGCCCGCAUUGCUUCCCUGUUCGAUGGCUCAAUUCAAUUCAAACUUUCCUGCUGCUUGAAUUAAAUCAAAAUUAUGGCACAGCUAUGAAGUAUAGUUACAGCGGCACCAUUAAAGUUUGAUUUCAUUCAGGCUGUUGAAGGACACCUCUGAGAUACAAACUGUGAAAAAUGUGCUCCCUCCAGUCCAGGGCAGGCUUGAGGCACGGAGACUGAACUGCUCCCUCCCUCACCCCCCUAAGAGAAAGGGUGCUCCCUCCAGUCCAGGGCAGGCUUGAGGCAUGGAGACUGAACUGCUCCCUCCCUCACCCCCCUAAGAGAAAGGGUGCUCCCUCCAGUCCAGGGCAGGCUUGAGGCAUGGAGACUGAAAUGCACCCUCCCUCACCCCCCCUAAGAGAAAGGAGUUGCCAACCCAGAACCUUAAAUUAUAUAUCACCACUAAUUCUGGUUUACCAAAGUUGUAGUGGGUGUGUUGCUAUAGUAGAGUGAAAAUGCAUCUUUACCGUUGUCUUAAUAAAUGUGUCACCUUUGCUAACUAGCCCCGGAAGAAAUGAAAAUGAUUUUUACACUAAAUGUGUAAAGUAAGAUGUAUAAAAUAUAUAUAUAUAUAUACAGAAAAUAUACAAAUUUUAUUUGAUUUUAUUAAUUAUUUAUGGCAGCCCAUUGCAGUGUUGGACAACGUUUUGUAUCGUUUCAUUAAAAAGCCCUCAAAUGUCA